GCUAUGCAGCGGAGCAGCAUCGCUUCUGCGGAUGUAGCAGAAACUUUUUACGGCUUCUCCCGAGGGAUGCGACUAGAAACCAACACUGGAGGGGCAAAGUUAAGAGCCAGCAGCGAUCGACGGAGGGAGUAAAAUAAAAUGUGGAUGAACUGACAUUUACUCCACUAUCUGGGCCGGGUAAUUACUGAACCUGAAGUCAGAGCAAUCUUCGCUUCUUUGAAAAAUGGCCGUUCGUGGCAACUCACUGAUGCCUUUCUCAAUCCAAGCCAUCCUGAACAAAAAAGACGACAGUCGACACUUGCCAGAUUUGGACAUGUGCUUCUCAAAGACUGCCUGCUGGAAAAUAUUCGGAGAGAUGGACGGCGGAUCCAGGAGAAACGAGAGUGAAGCUUGUGAGCCGACCGACCAGAAGAGCUACGACUCGGAUUCGGGACUCAGUGAGGACAACGACAGCAAGACUCCAGCCCCAUGUAAAUCGGAGAAAGACGGAGACCCUGCGUCGGAUGUGCCGGAGGAAAGCCUGCAAGAGGAGACGGACCACGAGUCUGCAGCUGCGGAAAACUCCAAGAGUGACACGGAGCCCGGUAAUGGCACGGAUUCCAGCAACCUGGACGAGAAGAGUCUGGAUCAACCUAAACAGCGGAAAAAGCGCUCCAGAGCUGCCUUCUCUCACGCACAGGUCUUCGAGCUGGAGCGCCGUUUCAACCACCAGCGGUACCUUUCCGGGCCGGAGCGGGCGGACCUGGCGGCCUCCCUGAAGCUCACAGAGACUCAGGUGAAGAUCUGGUUCCAGAACCGCCGGUACAAGACGAAACGCCGCCAGAUGGCCGCCGAUCUGAUGGCUUCGACCCCAGCAGCCAAGAAGGUGGCAGUGAAAGUUUUGGUGCGGGACGACCAGAGACAGUACAGCCCGGGAGAGAUCUUACGGCCCCCGCUGCUCUCCCUACAACCGUCCUACUAUUACCCCUACGCCUACUGCCUCCCUGCAUGGACGCUCUCUGCGUGUGCGGGGAACCAGUGAAAACUCGGUGACUGUAUUUAUUCAUUUUUUAUUAUUUUUGCUCCCAGGAAGCCCACAUAGCUUUACUUCUGACAAGAGGAAGAGGUCCGAGGGGACUGCUCAACGUCUCUGAUUGAAUUUCCUCACCAUGUUGUCCAGGCAAGACAGCAAAAACUUUUCAUGGCUUUUCACAUCCUGAAAUACUUUAAAGCGACUCCUUCAUGUAUGUAGUAAGGUUUCCCCCCUCCAGGGACCCGUUAAAGAAACAGUUUCUCAUGGUUUAGACCCUAAAAUCAUAAGCGGAGAGACAGGACCUCCUAAAAAUGUCACUAUGUUAUCCUCUGAGGAGUGACACAGCAAUAAUAUUAAAGUAUUUGUGUCUUUGCUUGGACUCCCUCAAGGACUUCCGAAGCCCCCGGAACCUGUUUUGGAAACCGGAGGCCUGAGCAGACUGAAAAUGUCACCUUAAUGUCGAUUUAUAUUUUACAUGCGCCUUCCUACCUCUGCAGUGAUUGGAAAUAGGCAUAUUCCAUUAACUUCUCAAACAGCUGUCUCUGUUGCAGGUUGUGUAUUUUUUUCUCUUGCUGUGUUUGUAAAGGUAAGAUAAUUCAGCACUUUUGAGCAUAUACGUUACUUUAUUUCAAUGCAUUAUAGUGUGGUUCGCUGUUAGACUGAAAAGAGGCGGUUUGUUGAGUUACUGGCCUAUAGCAGGAAGCAGGCUAAAACAAGCCGACCUCCUAUUAAAAUGUACAUGUUUUAUUUGUGUUAAGUGACUGUUUAGAUCGAAAAACAUUAAAACAUAUCAGGCAUUACUUU